CUCCGCAGGCCCAAGUGGGGCAUCAUCUGCGGGUCUGGCCUGAGCGGCCUCGUGGACCAUCUCGAGGACAAGGUGCUGGUGCCGUACGCCGACAUCCCGGGCUUCUCGGAGUCGACCGUGGCGGGCCACCAGUCGUCGCUGGCCUUUGGCUACAUCGUCGAUGGCGGCAAUCCCACCGCCAGGGUGCCCGUCGUCGCCGCCCUGGGCCGCUUCCACCUGUACGAGGGCCACUCGCCCGCCUCGUGCGUGUUUCCCGUCCGCUUCAUGCGCGUACUCGGCGCCGAGGCCGUUGUCGUCACCAAUGCCGCGGGAGGCCUGCACCCAGACUGGGACGUCGGCACCAUUGUCUCGAUGCACGACCACCUCAGCCUGCCCACGCUCGGCUCCCUCAACCCGCUCGUCGGACCGUCGUUUCCCCUCGGCCCGCGCUUCCCGCCGACGUCGGACGCAUACGACCCCCUGCUGCGCACCAGCCUCUUCCGCGGCGCCGCCCAGCUCGGCCUCGCGGGCGGCCAAGGCGGUGGCCCGCAGCUGCUCCAGUCGGGCACCUACGCCUACGUCAUGGGGCCCUCGUACGAGUCGCGCGCAGAGUGCCGCUUCCUCCGCGCCGCCGGCGCAGACUGCGUCGGCAUGUCGACGGUGCCCGAGGUCAUUGCCGCGCGCCAGGCCGGCCUCAAGGUGCUCGGCAUCAGCCUCAUCACCAACAAGGUCGUCGUCUCGCCCUACUUUGAUGCCGCCGCCGUCGCUGCCGAGGCCGCGUCCGACGCAGACGCGCAGGCGCGCGCACGCGACAUGCUCCAGCAAGAUGCCGGCGAGGCCGCAAACCACCAGGAGGUCCUCGAAGUCGGCAGGAAGCGCGCAGACGACAUCCGCAGGCUUGUCCAGCAUGUCAUC